CUCCAGCGUUCACACAUCGGCCAUGCCUUCCACGAGGAUAUCCGCGCCGAUGCGUGGCCUCACAUUGCAAUUGGGCAGGCUGUCCAUACGACAGCAUGUUCCUUCCGUGUCCGCACGUUCCUCAUACUCCCGCAGCAUAACGACUUCUCCUUCUACGCUGGCAUCCGUGUCUCCGAUUACUGUCUCCGUUGAUUCGCCGCCUUCUGUCUUGCCAUUGUCUGAGCGGACCGUUUCCGCAACAAUCCACCACUUUCCCUCCCUUGAACCUCUCCGCUACGAAAACUUCCCAGCGAACCACCUCUACCUCCCUACCAGACGCGACAUUCUUCACCGAGCUGUGAUAUACGAAGGCGACAAGACCCGCCUAGGUACCGCAAGCACAAAAUGGCGAGACGAAGUCCGCGGCUCUGCCAAAAAGCUUCAUCCUCAGAAAGGCACCGGUAGAGCCCGUGUUGGCGACAAGAAAUCACCCAUCAGGAGAGGUGGAGGUGUUGCUCACGGCCCGAAACCGAGAGACUUCUCGACCGGACUGCAGAAGAAGGUGUAUGAUCUUGCUUGGAGGACAGCGCUUUCGUACCGGUUCCGGAAGGGCGAGUUGGUCAUUGUCGACAAUGCGUUGGAGAUUGAAAGUCCGUCACCUACGCUGCUGCGCUAUAUCUUCGAGCGCAAUCGCUGGGGCCACAGAAAUGGACGCAGCAUAUUGGUCACGUUACAAGAACGUCCCCUGCUCUCAAAGGCCCUCGCCGAAUCACCCAAAGAAGGGUGGACUGGGACUUGGGAGGAGGUGGACGUGAAGGACAUGCUAUCACUGGGCAGAAUAGUCAUCGAGAGAAAGGCCCUUCAAAACAUCCUUCUCCAGCACCAAUCCGACAUCGUCCACUCCACCUUUCCGCCUAAACUCUACAAGAAGCUCGAGCCGGAAGAGCUGCAGCAGAAUCUUGGAUGGGAGGAGUUUAAGACCUUGGAAAUCGCAAAGCCUGAAGACCUCCCUAUACUGCAACCCGAGCUCUUUGAACGCCUGGCGUACAAGAGAUUGAUUCAGGCUAAACAGUACACCGGGCAAGACACCGCUGAGCUGCAGGCCUCGGCGUUCAACCUUCUCUCGGAAGCGCGACGUAUACAGUCCGAGGCGCUAGAGCGGCACCCGAUUCUGAGGGAGAUAGAGAGCGAGGAUCCGGAGAAGGCCAUCCAAGCGACCGAGAAGCGCGUCGAGCUCUUCAAGACACAGGCUGAGCGGUCCGAAUAUAUGGCAAAGGCAUUGAGGGCGCUGGGCCAUGAGGAAGCGGCGCUUGAAUGGGAAGCCCGUGCCGAGGAGGACCGGUAUGAGGCUGCGAAGGAUGAGGUAUGGUUAGAAAGUGAACGUGGAACGGGUGAGACGGCCGAGACAGCAGAGGGUGAUCAGGCACAAAUCGAGGAGGGUAAACCUCGCGAGGUGCGGUAACCUUACAUGUAGGUUGGGAUGUUGGGGACGAUGAACGCGUGAUAUAUUCGAUUGUAUUAGUACAGUGCACAUCGUGACACUUAUAUGUCAGCUGUACAAAUAGCUACGGCAUUUCCAUGCGCUUAUCCAUCUUACACAU